AUGGCUCCCACGCUGGAGGAGGCGUACCGGAGGCGCUGGUGGAUGGCGUGCACGGCCGUGCUGGAGAACCUCUUCUUUUCUGCGGUGCUCCUGGGCUGGAGCUCCCUGCUGAUCAUGCUCAAGAACGAGGGCUUCUAUUCCAGCAUGUGCUCAGCUGUGAACACCACCAACACCAGCCAGGAUGAGCAGCGCCAGUGGCUGAGCUGUAACCAGCAGGAAGAGAUGCUCAACCUGGGCUUCACCAUCGGCUCCUUCAUGCUCAGUGCCACCACUCUGCCGCUGGGGAUCCUCAUGGACCGCUUCGGGCCCCGGCCCAUGCGGCUGAUUGGCAGCGCCUGCUUCGCUGCAUCCUGCACCCUCAUGGCCCUGGCCUCUUGGGACACCAAAGUUCUGUCUCCGUUGAUAUUCCUGGCACUGUCCCUGAAUGGUUUUGGUGGCAUCUGCCUAACAUUCUCUUCACUCACACUGCCCAACAUGUUUGGGAACCUGCGCUCCACUUUCAUGGCCCUCAUGAUCGGCUCCUAUGCCUCUUCUGCCAUCACGUACCCGGGAAUCAAGCUGAUCUAUGAUGCCGGCGUGUCCUUCAUGAUCAUCAUGUUCACCUGGUCAAGCCUGGCCUGCCUCAUCUUUCUGAACUGUGCCUUCAACUGGCCGAGUGAAGCCUUUCCCUCGCCGGAGGAAGUCAACUACAAGGAGAAGACCAAGCUCAGAGGGCUGGCCCUGGAUCACAAGGUGACAGGUGACCGCUUCUGCACCUAUGUGACCACUGUGGGCCAGCGGCUGAGCCAGAAGGCCCCCAGCCUGGAGGAGGGGGCAGACAUCUUCAUCUCGUCCCAGGACGUUCGUGACAUCUCAGAAAGGUCUGCUGAGAAGUCCAUGCCCUUGCGCAGGAGCCUCUGCUCCCCCAUUUUCCUGUGGAGCCUCCUCACCAUGGGCAUGACCCAGCUGCGGAUCAUCUCCUACAUGGCCGCUAUGAACAAGAUGCUGGAGCACAUCGUGACCGGUGGCCAGGAGCGUGAGACGGACGACCUGAAACGAAGAGUGACAGAGACAGUUGAGUUCUACUCGUCCGUCUUUGGGGCCAUGCAGCUGUCGUGCCUUCUCACCUGCCCUCUCAUUGGCUACGUCAUGGACUGGCGGAUCAAGGACUGCGUGGACACCCCCACUGCUAGGGACGGUGUGGCCACCAAGUCCGUCAGACCACGCUACCGCAAGAUCCAAAAGCUCACUAAUGCCAUCAAUGCCUUCACUCUGACCAACCUUCUGCUCGUGGGUUUCGGCAUCACCUGCCUCAUCAACAGCUUACACCUCCAGUUUUUGACCUUUGUCCUGCACACCAUGGUCCGAGGCUUCUACCACUCGGCCUGUGGAGGCCUCUACGCAGCAGUGUACCCGUCCAACCACUUUGGGACACUGACGGGCCUGCAGUCCCUCAUCAGUGCUGUGUUUGCCCUGCUCCAGCAGCCGCUUUUCAUGGCCAUGGUGGGACCCUUGAAAGGAGAGCCUUUCUGGGUGAAUCUGGGCCUCCUGCUGUUCUCACUGCUGGGAUUCCUGCUACCUUGCUACCUCUCCUACUAUCGCGCCCGGCUCCAAAGGGAGUACAUCACCCACUGGGAGGGCCCCCUGAAGGUGCUUGGCAGCCCUGAGGUGACUGCCUAG